GCCAGUAGAAGCAAUCUACUCAAUCAUCUACAUCGCCCCGCGCGGCUUACCUUGAUACCAUGUGCCUCAUGAUAGUAUUGUGGGCCGCCCUCCAGAACCUACCCCUCCAUAACCGUAGACGUGUCAACCCAAGAGAUGACGUAUGAGGUAUCUGGAUUAUCAUGAGUCGUAAUAGAAGCCCCUCCAUGUGCUAGACAGAGGGGUAUAUAGUCCGACUCAAUAUCCACCGGUCGUUGUAUUCCCUUUUUCAUCUGAAUUCGAACUUCCACUGAUUACAUUAUCAAUAUCUUCACCAUAUCCCAUAUCCCAUAUCCCAUCUCACAUCUCGCACCUCGCAUCUCGCAUCUCGCAUCUCACUUUGCUCUCAAGAUGUCGGCAACGCACACAUCACACACAGUCACACUCGAACCGGAUGCUGAGCAGCCCAAGAACCCCGAGAGAUACGAGGCGGCCAUUAAACACGUCGAGGACAAGGGUGGUGUGAUUGAGGACCGAUUCAAAUUUGGAUUUAGUUUCAGUCUCCCUAAUGACAACGUCUCGGUCGCCUCUACAAUAAUGGAGCAUCCGGAUUUUAAAACAAUCGAGAGCUCAGACGGGACAUAUAAAACGCAGUAAAGUUAGAGGUGGAGAAUGGAGGUGGUUAACAUGAGCGAUAGAUACACAAGGCGAAGAUUAAUCUAAAGAUCCCA